AUGGCGGGCGCCGCGUCUCCCUGCGCCAACGGCUGCGGGCCCGGCACGCCCUCGGACGCCGAGGUGCUGCACCUCUGCCGCAACCUCGAGGUGGGCACCGUCAUGACUUUGUUCUACUCCAAGAAGUCGCAGCGGCCCGAGAGGAAGACCUUCCAGGUCAAGCUGGAGACGCGCCAGAUCACGUGGAGCCGUGGCGCCGACAAGAUCGAGGGGGCCAUUGAUAUUCGUGAAAUUAAGGAGAUUCGCCCAGGGAAGACCUCACGGGACUUUGACCGCUAUCAAGAGGACCCUGCUUUCCGGCCUGACCAGUCACACUGCUUUGUCAUCCUCUAUGGAAUGGAAUUCCGCUUGAAGACCCUGAGCCUGCAAGCCACGUCUGAGGAUGAAGUCAACAUGUGGAUCAAAGGCUUAACUUGGUUGACAGAGGACACAUUGCAGGCAGCCACGCCCCUACAGAUUGAGAGGUGGCUUCGGAAACAGUUCUACUCGGUGGAUCGCAAUCGUGAGGAUCGUAUAUCAGCCAAGGACCUGAAAAACAUGCUGUCUCAGGUCAACUACCGGGUGCCUAACAUGCGCUUCCUCCGGGAGCGGCUGACGGACCUGGAGCAGCGCAGCGGGGAUAUCACCUAUGGACAGUUUGCACAGUUGUACCGCAGCCUCAUGUACAGCGCCCAGAAGACGAUGGACCUCCCUUUCUUGGAAGCCAGCACUCUGAGGACUGGAGAACGGCCAGAACUCUGCCGAGUGUCUCUUUCAGAAUUCCAGCAGUUCCUCCUUGAGUACCAGGGGGAGCUGUGGGCUGUUGACCGGCUCCAGGUACAGGAAUUCAUGCUCAGCUUUCUCCGAGAUCCCUUGCGAGAGAUCGAGGAGCCAUACUUCUUCCUGGAUGAGUUUGUCACCUUCCUGUUCUCCAAAGAGAACAGUGUGUGGAACUCUCAGCUGGAUGCAGUGUGCCCAGACACCAUGAACAACCCUCUGUCCCACUACUGGAUCUCCUCCUCACACAAUACAUACCUGACCGGGGACCAGUUCUCCAGCGAGUCUUCCCUGGAAGCCUAUGCUCGCUGCCUGCGGAUGGGCUGCCGCUGCAUCGAGUUGGACUGCUGGGAUGGCCCAGACGGCAUGCCUGUCAUUUACCAUGGGCACACCCUUACCACCAAGAUAAAGUUCUCAGACGUUCUGCACACCAUCAAAGAGCAUGCCUUUGUGGCCUCAGAAUACCCAGUCAUCCUGUCCAUUGAGGACCACUGUAGCAUAGCCCAGCAGCGGAACAUGGCCCAGUACUUCAAGAAGGUGCUCGGGGAUACUCUCCUCACCAAGCCCGUGGACAUUGCUGCUGAUGGGCUUCCCUCACCCAACCAGCUUAAGAGGAAGAUCCUCAUCAAGCACAAGAAGCUGGCUGAGGGCAGUGCCUAUGAGGAAGUGCCCACCUCUGUGAUGUACUCUGAGAAUGACAUCAGCAACUCCAUCAAGAAUGGUAUUCUGUACCUGGAGGACCCUGUGAACCAUGAAUGGUAUCCCCAUUACUUCGUUCUGACCAGCAGCAAGAUCUACUACUCUGAGGAGACCAGCAGUGAUCAGGGCAACGAGGAUGAGGAGGAGCCCAAAGAGGCCAGUGGGAGCACAGAGCUACACUCCAGUGAGAAGUGGUUCCAUGGGAAGCUUGGGGCUGGCCGGGAUGGGCGGCACAUUGCCGAGCGCCUGCUCACCGAGUACUGCAUCGAGACUGGGGCCCCCGACGGCUCCUUCCUAGUGCGGGAGAGUGAGACCUUCGUGGGCGACUACACGCUCUCUUUCUGGCGGAAUGGGAAAGUCCAGCAUUGCCGCAUCCAUUCCCGGCAGGAUGCUGGGACCCCCAAGUUCUUCUUGACCGACAACCUUGUCUUUGACGCCCUCUAUGACCUCAUCACACACUAUCAGCAGGUGCCUCUACGCUGCAAUGAGUUUGAGAUGCGCCUUUCAGAGCCCGUCCCACAGACCAAUGCCCACGAGAGCAAAGAGUGGUACCAUUCAAGCCUGACCAGAACACAGGCUGAGCACAUGCUGAUGCGUGUGCCCCGUGAUGGAGCCUUCCUGGUGCGGAAACGGAGCGAGCCCAAUUCGUAUGCCAUCUCCUUCCGGGCUGAGGGCAAAAUCAAGCACUGUCGAGUCCAGCAGGAGGGCCAGACUGUGAUGCUGGGGAACUCUGAGUUUGACAGCCUUGUCGAUCUCAUCAGCUACUAUGAGAAGCACCCAUUGUACCGCAAGAUGAAGCUGCGCUACCCCAUCAAUGAGGAGGCUCUGGAGAAGAUCGGCACUGCUGAGCCCGACUAUGGGGCCCUGUACGAGGGACGCAAUCCUGGUUUCUAUGUGGAGGCGAACCCUAUGCCAACAUUCAAGUGUGCAGUCAAAGCCCUCUUUGACUACAAGGCCCAGAGAGAGGAUGAGCUUACCUUCACCAAGAGCGCCAUCAUCCAGAACGUGGAGAAGCAAGACGGGGGCUGGUGGAGGGGAGAUUAUGGUGGGAAGAAGCAGCUGUGGUUCCCAUCAAAUUAUGUGGAAGAGAUGAUCAGCCCUGCAGCUCUGGAGCCUGAGAGGGAGCACUUGGACGAGAACAGCCCUCUGGGGGACUUGCUGCGGGGGGUCUUGGAUGUGCCAGCCUGUCAGAUUGCCAUCCGUCCUGAGGGCAAGAACAACCGGCUCUUCGUCUUCUCCAUCAGCAUGACAUCAGUAACCCACUGGUCCUUAGAUGUUGCUGCAGACUCACAGGAGGAGCUGCAAGACUGGGUGAAGAAGAUCCGUGAAGUGGCGCAGACCGCAGAUGCCAGGCUCACCGAGGGGAAGAUGAUGGAAAGGAGGAAGAAGAUUGCCCUGGAGCUUUCUGAACUUGUCGUCUACUGCCGGCCUGUUCCCUUUGAUGAAGAGAAGAUUGGCACAGAACGGGCCUGCUACCGGGAUAUGUCAUCCUUCCCGGAAACCAAGGCUGAGAAGUAUGUGAACAAGGCCAAAGGCAAGAAGUUCCUCCAGUACAACCGGCUGCAGCUCUCCCGCAUCUACCCCAAGGGCCAGCGGCUGGAUUCCUCUAAUUAUGACCCUUUGCCUAUGUGGAUCUGUGGCAGUCAACUUGUAGCGCUCAACUUCCAGACCCCAGACAAGCCUAUGCAAAUGAACCAGGCCCUCUUCAUGGCGGGUGGGCACUGUGGCUACGUGCUGCAACCAAGCACCAUGCGAGAUGAGGCCUUUGACCCGUUUGACAAGAGCAGCCUCCGGGGACUAGAGCCCUGCGCUAUCUGCAUCGAGGUACUGGGGGCCCGGCAUCUGCCAAAGAAUGGCCGGGGCAUUGUGUGUCCUUUCGUGGAGAUUGAGGUAGCUGGGGCUGAGUAUGACAGCGUUAAGCAGAAGACAGAGUUCGUAGUGGACAAUGGUCUGAACCCUGUAUGGCCUGCCAAGCCCUUUCACUUCCAGAUUAGUAACCCUAAAUUUGCCUUCCUUCGCUUUGUGGUAUAUGAGGAAGACAUGUUUAGUGACCAGAACUUCUUGGCUCAGGCUACUUUCCCAGUAAAGGGAUUGAAGACUGGAUACAGAGCAGUGCCUUUGAAAAACAACUACAGUGAAGACCUGGAGUUGGCUUCCCUGCUCAUCAAGAUUGACAUUUUCCCUGCUAAGGAGAAUGGAGACCUCAGUCCCUUUGGUGGUACAUCCCUGCGGGAACGGAGCUCAGAUGCCUCCUCCAACCAGCUGUUCCAUGGCCGGGCCCGAGAAGGGUCCUUGGAAGGCCGCUAUCAGCAGCCGUUUGAGGACUUCCGCAUCUCCCAGGAGCAUCUUGCAGACCAUUUUGACAGUCGAGAGCGAAGGGCCCCAAGAAGGACUCGAGUCAAUGGAGACAACCGCCUCUAGUGCCCCGCCUUGUUGGAGAGUAGCAGGUGCUGCGAGCCUCAUGGAGCGCGGUGAACUGGGUUCUCUGGGAGUGGCCUACCGUGGCAGCCUUCCUGGUGUCACAGCCUGGAGCCUGGAUUCCAGCAGUGAAUGCUAGCAAAACCAAGCCAUUAAUGAGAUGUACUGUUUGGGCCCUCCGUGCCCAACUCUGGGUGAAGGCAAAAACUUUACUGUGUCUCGCAUUAAGCACACAUCUGGCCCUGAAUCUAGAGAUGGUUCUGUCCAUCUUGUGGGGCCAGGACCAGGGCCGAAGCCCUUUGGAGAGGGAGGCAGCCUCCUUGGCGGCACAGGAGGCUUCAAGGAGCCGUUGACAUUCCCGAGAGUGGAAGAGGAGGAGCCUUGCAGGGCCAGGGAAGCAAACAAAGUUUACAUUGUCCUGUAGCUUUAAAACCACAGCUGGGCAGGGUAAGAGCAUAGAGGUCCCUGGAGCCAGGGCAGAGGAAGUCAAGGUCUGUGUGGAGGAGGAGGAGGGCUCUGCCCUGCCCCAGGAGGAGGACACAGCACAAGGGCACAUUGCCCGUGGCUGGGAUGCCACCUAGCCUGACAGAUACAGGGGAUCAUGAUAAAACAUAGCAGUAUUAUUUUUCUUCUCAGUGGUAUUGUAACUAAGUUAUUCACUCCUCCUGCUCCUUACCCUCAGAGGGAAACCUCAGUACAGAGCCUUUGUGAGCUGCGCUGCCAGCCCGGCUUGGAAGGGGCUCAGUAUGGGUGGUAAGGCUGUGGGGGAAGGGGUGGGAAGAGGAAAUAGCCAAGUAUCCCGGUGAACUUUUUUUGUUUGUUUUUAAGGUAAGGAAGACUUUGUUCUCCCUUAGGAAUGAACAGGGGAUGUAAGGAGCUACCUGCCACCUGGGUAGGUGGUCAGGCAGUCAGACGCUGAGUAAAGCUGCUUGGCUCAGCACAGCUUCUGGGGAGGGAGGAGAGAGCGGAAGCGCUGGGAAGGCAGCCCCCCUGAGGUCAGAGGCUGGGGACCAGCCCCGUGGGUGCCAAGGUGCCUCAUAGCAUAGCCAGCAUUCAGCACACGCAAACCCACUGCCCACAUUUGGGCUCAGGGUUGGCCAUUUGCUAGUUCUGCUGCCCUCUUAAGAUCUGACUGCCAAAUAAAUCAUCCUCAUGUCCUU